AUCUAGUGGCACCACAGGGAAGCACCAGGCUGCUACCCAUCAAGGCACCAGUUGAAUUUCCUAAAAUGUUGUCUUCUAGCUCUCUCCUAGCAUCUGCAAACAAAGGUGAGAGCAUAUCUAGUACUAACCUCGAGGAAGCUUCAAAACCUUCUGCUGAAGAUAUGAGGAAGUUCAUGUCAAGAAAAACUGUGGUUGAAUUUCCUCAGCGGUUAGUUGUUUCUUCCCUUGGGGAGGAAAACCUCACUCAACCUGCAACAGAAGGAGGCUUGAGGAAGGAGAUAGUUGAGGAAGAAACUUCAUCUUCAUCCAGCUCAGAUUCAGAUUCUAGCUCAGAUUCUGAGGAAGAAAAUGAUAGUGAUGAUGCAAAAGUUGCCAUCAAAACCAAAGUUGAGUUUCCUAGACGAGAUUCUGUGUUUUCUGAGAACAUAGCGGUAAAGGCAUCAAUGCUAGCAAAAGAAAACUUGUCCCAGAAAUCUCACAAAGAAUAUGUGGCUAAGAAGCAGCUACAAAAAACAGAAACUCCUGUCAAGCAGGUUGCAUUUUCUAAAACAUCAGUCAGCCAUGAAACAUCAAAAUCCAAAGCAAGAGACCCCAAAGUAAAAUCAGCUCCAAAAGAAGCGGAUGGGCAGAAGCUGGUCUUAAAACCACUCCUGGUUGAAAGCCAAGACCUGACAAAUGUCACUCAUAAAUCUGAUUAUUUCGAGGACAAGUCCAUUGGAACCCAAGUAGCAGCUAUUCAGCUGAAAGCUUCAUCAGUGACUCAGGAAGACAUAAAGCAAAAUCUGGUAUCCAGAGGAGAAGAAGAAAAGGUGAAGGAGGCACAGGAGUCAGAAGCAAAAGUAACUGCUCCUAGACUAGAAGAAGAGACUUCUGAAAGCACAGUGUUGGUGAUGGGUGCUACAGCAAAGGAGGAGACCAUUCAGGAAGCAGGAGUCCAGGCUGGAGAAAGCAGCACAAUAGAGGAGACCACAGCAGUUGGUGAGCCUGCUCCAGAAGAGCUCGAUAAUUCUACUUACAAGAACCUUCAGCAUCAUGAAUACAACAUUUAUACUUUUUUUGAUUCUGUUGCGGUUCUUUCCAAAUUCAGGCAGCCUCAGCCAUCUUCUGGAAGACCUUCACCAAGGCACUGA